AUACAAUGAAUAAAUACCUGGUAUGUUGAACACCACCUAACGACACUCUGCGAAAUUUUCUCUUAGCUUCCACGGGUCUUCUCUCUAGACCACCGUGCUCUAGACAAAACUCAACUGGCAAUUUUGUUUUGUUUAAAUUCUAGGUUGUGUUUCCUGGUAAUUUAGCUUCAUGUGCUGUAAUUAAUGGAGCCGCGAAGUCAUUUUAAAUAAAGACAAAUAAGAUUUAUGAUAAUUAAUAGUAUUUUAACUCUGAGUUAGUGUUUUAGGUUGAAAAAAAUGAUCUCGACCGAAGAUAGCGUUCUUUACGGUGUUUUAGCAUUUUUAUGGAUUGAAUUUUUAUGGGAACUGUAUUUAUCAUAUCGUCAGCACCUGGUGUACUGCAAGGCGGUGAGCGUCCCCGCCGAACUGCGGGGCAUCAUGGACGAGGAGACGUACCAGAAGGCCCGGCUGUACGGGCUGGACAAGAGCUCGUACAGCAUCGUCAAGCAGAUAUUUGACAUACUCGAGUCCACGGUGUUCAUCUUGCUGGCCGGCUUCACGUUCUUCUGGCGCAUGAGCGGCGACACGCUCAAGGGGCUGGGGCAGGCCUCGCCGGGGGAGUUCACGCAGUCCUUGUUGUUUGUGUUCUACAUGAACCUUUUCAACACGGUGCUGGGCCUGCCCUUCUCCAUCUACCACACCUUCGUGCUGGAGGAGAGGCACGGCUUCAACAAGCAGACUGCCGCCUUCUUCAUCAAAGACAAGCUGAAAGCAUUUGUAGUGUCGCAGCUGAUAGUGCUCCUGCUGGUGUUGGCCACACUGUACAUAGUGAAGGCCGGGGGAGACUACUUCUUCAUUGUGCUGUGGCUGUUCACCAUGUUCACCACGUUCUUCCUGCUCACCAUCUACCCCAACUACAUCGCGCCCUUGUUCGACAAGUACACCCCUCUGCCGGAGGGCGAGUUGCGCUCCAAGAUUGAGGCAUUGGCACAGAGCAUCAACUUCCCUCUGUAUAAGCUGUAUGUUGUCGAGGGCUCAAAAAGGUCAACUCAUAGCAAUGCAUAUUUCUACGGCUUCUUCAAGAACAAGCGCAUAGUGCUGUUUGACACACUGCUGAAGGAUUACGUGCCAGAGGGUGGCAGCACUAGCGAGAACCAGGGGAAGGGCUGCGACAAUGAGGAAGUGUUGGCAGUACUGGCUCAUGAGCUGGGCCACUGGCAGCUCAACCACAUCCUCAAGAACCUCGUCAUCAUGCAGCUGAAUCUGCUGCUACUGUUCUUAAUGUUCAGUCGACUUUUCAAGUACCCUGCGCUGUACAGAGCGUUUGGGUUUGUUGACGUGCAGCCAAUCAUAAUAGGACUACUAGUCAUCCUGCAGUUUAUCUUCUCUCCAUAUAAUGCGGUCCUCAGCUUUCUGAUGACGAUCCUGAGCCGCCGGUUCGAGUUCCAAGCAGAUGCUUUCGCAGCGAAGCUAAACAAGGCAGCGUACCUGCGCAAGGCGCUUAUCAAGCUGAACCUGGACAACCUGAGCUUCCCGGUGUUUGAUUGGCUGUACUCUAGCUGGCACCACUCCCACCCGCCCCUGCUGGAGCGUCUGCAGGCCCUUGAGGAGCGCAAGGACAAGUAGACUCGAGUCGGUCUGCAACAGCCCCCACUGCGGCGGUUAGCGAGGCGUUACCUCGUGUGUGUCUGUACCAGAGCAAGUGUUGCUGGACUGUUGUGCCAUUUGUGUUGUAGCAUUCACAAUUCACUGACUUGCUGGAUGAGAGUAAAUUUUUACAAAUUUUGAUUUUUGGAGCACUUUGUUAUGAUUUUGGCUUUACAUUUGUCACGCAUUGUCUGUGAAUUUUUUUUAUAUGCUGAAACUGUUUAUUUUAAAAGACAUUAAUAAAAUAUAAGUAUAUCUUCA